AAGUGUGAGUGUUUUGUAUUUUGAGAGAGAGAACAGCGAAUCGAUUGGUAAAGUGUGCGAGUGUGCGUGUGUUUGUUGCAAUAUUUUGUGUAUUUUGUGUUGAAUGGAUGCAACAGCGAGAGCGAGAGGUGAUGAAGAGCGAGGAACACAAAGUGAGAGAGGAACAUUCACGGAGGAGGAAGCGUUAAGCAGAGAGUAAGCAGUAGAACUGCUGCCAGAGACGUUUGUUCAACAGAGCAGUAAAGAAGUCUUCACAGUCACGGCAUACAGUUGGAUUGCGUUUGUGUGUCUCUCUUUGUCCAGAAAGUUUUCAUAUAUCCUAAGCAAAAGUGUAGAGGCCACUUCUGCUGCGAAGGCACUUCCGUGGGCGUCCUGAACCGAAACAGGAAGUGCUCCCCCCUCCCUCGGGUGGUUCCUUAAGGAUCGAUCCCAGAGUGUAGCCAAGAGAGUGGUGUUUGUGGUGUAGAGAAGUGGCCCAGGAAGAAAACGAAAAAAAUCAACAGCAGAAGGGAGGUGCCCUUGACGCCAAGAGAAAGAAAAGUGGAUUAGCAGAAAAUCGCCAUUACAGUUUUUCCUGGAGAGUUUGCAGGAAAAGUGGUGUGAUCCGCCCCCCCCCUCGCGCGAGUAAGGAAGAGCAGAAAGUGUUCCAGGGAACGGAAACAACGCAAACGCUUUUCUUCGCGAGGAACCAAAAAUCAACCCUGAACAAAAACGAUGACGCAGUUUUUGUUUUGAUCAAUUUCAUCUUUUUUCGCUGCUUUUUUCUUCAAAACAACAGAGAAAAAAUAUGAAUAUUGAGUGCACAGUAAGAGAAAUCGCAACUGAAAAUGUCCGCCGAUUCUCAGCGACGAGCAGCAGCGGCAGGAUCGUCCGCAGCUGCCCGCUGCAUGCCAGCGAUCGUGCCGCCGCAGGCCGUUAGUGAUCGGUCGAUCAUCGACAGUGUGGCCGGCUUCAUCAACGAUGUGACGCUGCAGACGCAGACGCCCCAGGGCGAUGGCAAAGAUCACAUCCUGUGGGCCCGGUUCGAGAACACCGCCGACAUCAGCGAUCCCUGCCUUGGCGAGGACUGGGAGCUGGAGGGCGGGAUCGCGCCGCCGCUCCUGCUGAUCCUUGGAUACGCCACAGGGAUUCAGGUAUGGAUCAUCCCAGCCAACGGAGAGGCGAUCGAGGUGCUGUCGUGGCGCCACGGUAGUGUCAAGUGCAUGCGUGUUCUGCCGACGCCUACUUCCGGGGACGGUGAAUCGGCGACCGAGCCGAACGAUCAGUUCCUGCUGAAGAGACCGCUGAUCGCGCUGUGUGAUUCGGCAUCCUCGGGCGUUGGGAUCGGUAGUGGUAGUGGUUUGUCGGGUGGCGUGGGUGGCAACCAGGCGGGGCAGUACUGCUCGAUCAAUUUCAUAUCACUGAAGGACGGCGAGAACGUCAAGAGCAUUAAGUUCAAGAACCCGAUCGUAGACAUCCUCGCGAACAGAUCGUCGGUGGUGGUUACGUUCCAGGAGCGGAUCGCCAUCUUCGAUGCGCGAACUCUGGAGGAUCGGUUAACGGUUACCACGUGCCAUCCGAGUCCGGGACUGAAUCCAAACCCGAUCGCCUUGGGACCACGCUGGAUUGCGUACGCCGAGAAGAAACUGAUGGCAUCGAAGCGAUCGAGCGGAGGAUGCGACGGGGAUGGGGUCACAAGCUACACGGCUACGGUAUUGAAUGCGGCCAAGAGUUUGGGCAAAGGAUUGAGGGAACUGGGAGAGCAGAUGGCCGCGGGCUUAACAGGAAGCCACUCGGGUCCAAGUUCGAUCACCGGAUUGGUUUCCGGCUCGGGGAUGCCAGUAACCAGCGAAGGCAAUCAGCCAGGAAUUGUUACGAUACUUGACAUUAAGUAUCCGAUUAAGGAUGUCAGUCCGACCACGGGAACUCCAAUUGCCAGCACGGGCAAUGAUCCGAUGGUUGCGCACUUUGUCGCUCACUCGGAAGCGAUCGUUGCGAUGCAGUUCGAUGCGUCCGGUAUGCUGCUGCUGACCUCGGACAAGCGUGGACACGACUUCCACGUCUUCCGGAUCCAUCCUCAUCCAAGUGGGCCAUCGCUAGCCGCGGUUCAUCACCUGUACAUUCUCCACCGUGGAGACACAACCGCCAAGGUACAGGACAUUGCGUUUUCGCUGGACUCGCGAUGGGUUGCGAUCUCAACACUGCGAGGGACAACGCACGUAUUCCCGGUGACCCCAUACGGCGGUCCGGCCGGCGUACGUACCCACGGAUCACCCCACGUUGUAAAUAGACUAUCCAGAUUUCACCGCUCCGCCGGACUCUCCAUUGAGGGCAGAUCCAGCAGUCCGGUUUCACACUUGGAGCACCCUUCGACCGUCACACCAACAUCCGCCUACGCCAACCCCCGUAUUCCUCCGUUCCCACAUCCGACGGUUGUCCAGCCGCUAGCACAACUCCGCCAACCGACGAGCCUCAGCUCCCAAUCGGCGAGCACUACGAGCACCAAAAGCGCCGCCAGCAGCGGUCGCCAACGGCACUCUUCGUCCUCAUCGGAUGACCUCGUCAAACCGUUGCGUGUUUGCGCUACCUUUGCUAAAGCCCGCUCCUGGCUGCUGGACCCGCCCGGAACGACUCGGGACACUCCGGCUCACAGGAUUCAACGCAAACCGAUCGAUUCGCUGUUUAUCAUCGCGGCUCACGGAGCCCUGAUCCAGUACGAUCUGGACCCGAAGCAUGUGACCAACAUACCCAAAGAAAAGGUCUGUGACGAUACGCCGAUCGAGCUGGAGGUGGAAGCCAAGGCGCAGUGGACCCUGCAACGGCAGGAGACGGCCUCGCGGGGACAUUCAACCCCACUACCGCAGGACAACUGGCUGAUCAAGGAUCGCUUCCUGGAGGAGCUGGGCGGGGAUGUGGGCAGCGACUAUGGAAGUUUCGACCACCAUCGGGGCAUCGUCGGCGGAGCAGAUCAUCGCGGCAGCACCAGCAGCAUAGAUCACGACGACCGCUGGCUGUCGCAGGUGGAGAUCAUAACGCAUGCCGGACCGCACCGCAGACUGUGGAUGGGGCCGCAGUUUAUGUUCAAGACAUACAAUACGCCGAGCGGAUCCCCGCUGACCUCGAUCGACACUGAAUCGGUGGAAAUCGGCGCCGGCAGCGGCACGGUGAACCGCCCGGCACGGUCCAAUCCAAUGAAUAUGCCCGUUUCUGGAGGUAGCUACGAGCAAAGUCCCCGGAUGAUGAACAUGACCGAGUUCCGGCACCACGAAAACCUGGACACGGAGUUUUCUUCGCUCGGACCGGUCGAGUCCCAGCUGCGGGAGGAUCUCGCCGAUGCCAUGCGUGAAUCGCCAAUGAUCUCGGGACGAGACACAACAGGCUACGCGAGCGCCACGCCCAUUCCGGCCGGUCUGUCCUCGGUGUCCUCUUGCUCCUCCACCUCGAUCUACUCGUCGACCCACUCGUUGAACUCGAUCUGCGAUCAUAAGCUCCCGCCCCAACCGUUGACGUACGUUUCGGCGGCGUCCGCGUCCGGGCCGCAACAUGCGGGACUUCCGGUCAAGCAUGGCGGCGGUCAUUUUCACCCCCACCACCAUCACUUGCACAGCGAGCAGCACUCGUCCUCGUUGCCGGCAAACUGCUCGCGGCCGGCUUCGGCGGCUAGUAGCCGAGCCUCGGGGUCCGUAACGAUCGCGAAGGUCGUGAACCCGCUCGGGACGGUAACGACCGUUAGUAACGUUGGCGGCGGCCGUGAGGGUCAGGAUUCGAUGGGAGGGGCUGCGGUCCGGGAUUGUGACGUUUACAUGCACGAAAACUGUGACGAGGCACUGUUCCGUCCGGUGGUUACUGUUCACGGAACACCCGGCGAAGCCGAGCGGGAACGUCGUGGAUCCUCACUGGACCGCUUGACCACGGCGGUGAUCGCUAGCGAUGGGCCUGCCACGCUGAUCAGCCGAGAACUGAUAGUGCCGGUCAUUGAGGAGAAGGACAUGGUAUACUUCAGUAAACCCAAGAAGAAGGACGAGGAGAACAUUGCCAAGUUCGAAGAACUGUCCUCGAUCAACAAAAAGAGCAAGAAAGAUGAACCGGAAAUCAUCGAGUCGAUCCCGGAAACAACGGACCGCAACAUGGCAGGAGACUUUGUCAAUAUUGAGGUGAUCGAGCGCAAGGCAGAGGAACCGAGGCAGUCAAAUAGCUACAAGAAAAAGGAGAGAACGCCUCCAACAUCCGCUAGAAGUGAAGCCAUGAAGAAACCUGCACCGGAACCGAUCGAGGUCAUCGAAAUACUUGAACCGAUGGAGGAGCUAGAGCUACCACCGGUUGAGAAACCCGCCCCUCGGAACAACAACAAGAAAAACGGAAAGAAGAAGGAAGACUCACAGAAGGCAAAGUCACCACCAGUGGAAACGAAGCCGACAAACAAGCAAACAGCAGGCAACAACGCGGGCAACAGCAACAAUAGGAAAGAAGCCAACAAGCAAGACAAUCGAAAGCGUAAAGAAAAGCAACAACCUGCGCCACAACCAGCUCCGGAACCGGAACCGGUGCGUCUUCCGUCGCCACCACCACCCGCACCGAUGGUGGAGGACGAAAUUCUAAAAUCAAUCUGCGACGAGUUUCCACCGCUGGAAGCACUCAAAAUUGACGAUUUGGAACUGUUUGGCGAAACGAAUGAGCCGGAAAAUUUGAAACUGACCCGAGAGGACAUUUGCGUCCAGGAGUCGAUGCUAGCUUCCGGCAUAGCGGAGGCAGCGUCGGAAGAACCGGAACCGGUGGAGUUUGGUGGCGGCGAGGUUGAGCUCGGUCGCGAUUCGCAGUGUGCUGUCGAUCGGGAUCGGGAGGUCAAGUGUGACGAAGAGGAAGUGGGCACGGUAGAGUUUGAAGAUAGUAAGGAGGUCGCGAAGCAGGAAGAGUUUUACGAGCUGUCGACGCGGUACGAGCUGCCGGCGUUGGAGCCGUUUGUGUGCAAAGAUUUUGAAGAUUUGGGAUUUAGCGAGGACGUUAAGAAGGGGGGCAAGAAGGCGGUUAAGCAACCGAGCGAGGAGAAGACCCUGAUUAAUUUCGAGAGUCCGCUUCAAGAGGAUGCUAAGGAAGUGGAAGUCCAGCCAUCGAAGAGUAAGUCAAUUUUGGAUGAUAGAAACAUUGUGUUUGCGAUGUGCUCGAGCUUGCGCGAAGCAACGGACUUUGGGGAAUCGAGCUGUUCCGGAAGCAAGAGUCUGUCCACGUCUAUUACUCGGCAAGCCGACUUGAAGCCACAGCUUUCGGUUGAGGGGCAGGACUCGGACUACAAGAGCCUGGAGCUGGAGGUGGACGAGAGUGCCAUGUUUAACUCACAGCUUCCGGCGUCGUCGGCUUCGGACGAGGAAACUUCCAACUCAAACAACGACGACCAAGAGGAGGAAGCGAAACCGUCGUCGUCUUCGUUGGGUAAACUGUCCCAAGGAGACGACGAAGACGAAGAGCUGCAACCACUGAUCUCCAGCAACAAGACGUCGUCUUCGUCCCUGUCGACCACGGUCAUCGGACCGCUGGUCGGAGGCGGUCUUGCGGACAGUCUCAGCGGUUCCAUGACCACUUCCGGCAUUGUGACAGCGGUCGGAAGUUCUGCAAAGACGACAUCAUCAACAACAACAGCACCAUCAGCACUGCCAACGACGGAAGCGAACCAAAGCGAGGACUGCGGAAAGCAGACGGCAACGGCCAAGCAGACAACGGCCGGCAACGGUAACGGCGGCGGAGGAAACAACGGCAAUGGCAAGAAAAAGUCCAAGAAGAAGCGGAAAUAAUUGGCGGCGCAGCGGAUGAUGCUGCUGGCGGCCACCAGUGGCGCGGUGGUCGCGCUGAUCUUGGCAACAUCAUUGCUGGUUCUGCUGCUCGUGCUAUCGUAUCUGCUGGUACUGCGGCUCUGCUACACGCUAGUGUUAUAUUUAUUGUAUUAUUUUUAGAGCACAACGCACUCUUUCGGCGUUACGCCCGUUACCCCCAGGCUGUUUCCUCUUGUCUGUAACGGGCUGUUUCAUUUUUCUACUUCGGUAUAGUUCUAACCUUCCCGUGUCUAUCUAGGAGCAAAUGAUUGGCGUAGAUUUAUUAUUUUACUUCCGCCAAAUAUUUAUCGGUUCAAAUUUGGCAAGCGCCUUACGCGUUCACUCAAUGCAUCUUUAGUAAACUUAACGUUAACAACCACUAGAGUGAGCAAGACAAACUGUUUGUUUGCAUCCCUUUCGAAAUGUAAACACAGAUUUCCGCUACUCGAACCGAGAAUGAACUCCGAGUUUAUUCGCCGUUUUGUUAGUUGCACUGGGUAACGCCUAACGGCGCUCUCGGAACUGUCUCUAGAUAACGACAAAUUGAUAUCAAACUGUACGGUCGUGUGCAGUUGCCAGCUUUAUUUAUGAAACAAAACACAUAUAUUUUAACCAUAACAAACGAACUAUUUUUGUUGACAGAUUUUUAGUCAUGUUUUAUUUUUUGUGUAUCAAAUCGUUCAAAUCGUGUAGACUAGUAAGGGCAUUGUUGAAACCUGGACGAAAUAAAGCGUAUUAUUUAUACAAAAAGCAAGGCAAAAAAAGAUGAGAAAACAUCUCACUCGAAAUUAUUUCGCUUGAAAGUUGCAUGCAAGUCAGAUAUGUUUUCGUCGGUAAUUUAGAGUGAAUUUCGUAGUUAUCAGAUCAAACAAAAAACAACAAACACCGUUGAAGAGAAAUACUUGAAACGUAGCGACUAAGAGCUCAAAAACGACUGAAAAACAAACAAAACAUUUGCUGAAUAAAAGAAAUGAAGAAAUGUUGUUUCGGCUAAUUAAAACAAAUUCGUUUUCAUAGUGAGAGCAGCUCCAUUCAUGAAGCGUAUAAACACACACCUUCACACCAAACCACACACAAACACUCAUGACUCACGAAUGCGUUCAUCAUUGUUGUUGAUAGUAUAAACAAAAUAAAAAUUAACAUGUGCAUUACACAUGAAGCGGUUAUUUAUUGUAGGAAGACCAAAUUGUGAUGCAGAAAGCAAGGUUAUUUUUCAUACGUUUUUUUCUGCAACACUGCCGAGAGAGUAAACGACGCUCUGGCAUUUCCGUACCACACACUCUCUUUGGCAGGUGCUCUGUGAGAGCACAUAAAAGAGAAUGUGCAAAACGUACGAAAAUGCGAUUCUGUCGGAGAGAAAAGUUUUGCUUGCUGCGUUUGCAGUCAUAGUCUUAUUUUAACAAAAAAAAAAAAACUACCAACCAAUUAAAUUAAGCGAUUAAAAUUGGUCAACAAAGAGCCCCCGUUCUCAUCGUAGGAUCUCUCAUGUGUAAUUUGCCUUUGUUCUGCUUUUUGCUCUCGAACCAACUAAACGACUAAACGACAAACACUACCGGCAACAUGAAAAGAAAACCUGCAUCACACAGCUGACCGUACCUAACCGUGGUAAUUGCUACCACUAAUUUGAGACACCACAUAACGGACGCAACACAAGCUAACGGACAACGGAAACGCGAUAUGUCAAUGUGAAACGCGAAGGAUUAAAGUAAAAGAAAACACUUACAUUAGCACUUACUUGUUGAAAUAUAGUAGCGAAAGAGGGAAAAGAAAUGGGGGAAUAAAAAGCGCAGAAUUCAUAAACCACACAAAUACAACAGCAGCAAAAAAAGCAAAAAAAAAAAAAAACAAAGGAAAAUAAAAAAAGAAAUGUGAUUAUUUGUAUAUUUAUCGAUGAGAAGCAGAAAACAACUAAAAAAAGUAGUACGAAUAAGAUUAAAUUAAUUUAUAUUAAAGUAUAAGUUACAAAGCAGAGAUGAUGAAAAAAUGGAAAUGCAAAAAAAAA